GGGCAGACCAAUCAGCACGAGGGGCAUCUUACUCUUUUCGGCUGAGAAAUGCCGACAUCAUCCCCUCACACAUGGAUGGCAUCUCGCUACAACUUGGGCAAUACAACGGAUGAUCAGAGAGGUAUAGAAACGAUAAUGGAGUCCGAGAAGGGCGGAAGUCGGUCGUUGACCUUCAUACAUGGCCCGACAAUACGUCGGGGUGCGAGCAAUGCCUCGCUUAUCCGCUCGCAGCUGAUGCGCCAACGACGCUGGGAGAAGCAGGGCCAACUCAGGGGCGAACCAAAGAGUGUGAUCAAGAGUGUCCAGGGGGGUAAAGGGAGUGGGCCCAGCCUACCCGUCUGUCGAUGCGGCAGGAACAUUUCGAUGACCGCUCCUUCCACAACCCUACCUGGGGUGCCUUCGAGUCAGCCGACGCACCAGACUCUACCAGUGCUCCAACCGAAACGCGACUCCUCCCAACUUGGUCUCAUUAGUGCCAUGUGUCCUCGCUGCUCUCGUUUGCGCACAGAAGAACCGCCUUUUACUUUAGUCCACACGAGAGAGAUUGCCAGUAGCCAAGUCGACCCAUUCUUCUCUGAUCGUAGCAAAGCGAGCAGCAACUUUGACCUUCUACUUCAUCACUGCGUGUACGUGCUCUGGCCGAUGGCCCGCCCAACCGACUUCGCUGAGCGCAGCCUGCAGGCAUACCUGCAUCCGUCCAGGAGCCCGAUGGUCAUGCAGUCGCUCUUGUACUCUGCAUCCCUGCAUCGCGAUGCUCUGCCAAGGAUACGUGGCGCUACCGAGGGCGUUUCGUCCACUGCACAGCAGCUCCGGCUGAAAGGGUCUGUGAUGAAUCAGAUCCGCGAGAAGUUGUCGACGGUCAACAGCGCAAAUAUCCACGAAAAUUGGAUAGAUGAUAUCUUGAUGAGUAUUCUCUAUCUUGCGGCAAAUGAGAACAUUGACCAAAUCGGGCAGCCUGAAAGGAGCCCGUUCAUACCUCCAUUUCGGAGCCUUCAGUUGAUGGAAUUUUAUGGUAGCUGCGAGUUUCACCCACUACACUGGCAGACUGUUCGCCAUAUUGUCCUUGAGCGAGGGGGACUUACUACGGUGAAGCUACACGGACUCGCGUGGCUUAUAGCUAUAUCCGGCCUAAUCGUCGCAGUGAACACGAAUUGCAAGCCCAUAUUCCCGUUAAUAUCCCCCGAGGGAAAGCUGUUUGUAUAUCGCGCUCCCCUGCUAGCUCUUUCUAUCCGCAUGCCUCCGCGCCAUACCACCCUUCGCAAUCAUGGCUUUCAGCAACUGGCCCUUCUCUCGCCGCCUAUAAAAGGCAACAUCAUUCGCGUAUUCCUCGAUCUGAGUGAGAUAUGCCAAGCAAUUAACGCCCUUGCUGGUCAGCCAUGCGGCUCAAGGCUCUUAACGCAGAUCGGCGAUGUGCGCGCCAGUGUACUGCACCGACUAUGCAGCCUUCCCGACCAAAGCGAUAGACCUAGUGCAAUAUUACACAAGCGGCAAUGUACCUCAGCGGACCAAAGCUGUUCAAUUGCGAUAUAUCUUAUAUGCCGACGGACAGCCCUUCUUUACGCUGCAAACGUAGUCCUGCCACUUCCAAAAACAUCCCAGUUACGCCAUGAAAUGACCGCCGGGAUCUACGAGGAUAUGAAACGGUUGGAGGGGAGGGGACAAACAGAGGAGUCUGAAUUACUAUUAUGGUGCUCUGUUAUUGCGGGUAUAUGCUCAGAUACAACACCUGACACAAGGGCUUGGUUUGUAGCGGAAGCGCGCCGAUAUUGUGAGACGCUGGGAAUUGGGGUUUGGUCUGAGUUUCUAGAGUUGAUGCAAUCAUUUUCCUGGCUUGACUCUGCGUCUGAUGAGGCAGGCACAGCAUUUUGGGACGAGAUAAAGCUGACAAGAGGAUAGUCUAGCCUGCAUUAUAACUGAGAAUUAUGUACCCUGUCCGUAAUUGAGUAACCGAAAUCGAAAGAUCUAGACCCGC